AUGGACCAAGAACAGCCAUGCAAAAUCCCUGGGCUUUCUUUAAUAUACAAUGAAGAACCUCCUAAGCAGGAAAACGUUUCGGAGGCGCCAUCCAUGAUUGAGAAUUUACAAAACCAGGCAAAUAUAUCGCCUCCAGAAAGCAGCCGACCCCCUACAGAGGAUGACUCUGUAACAUUAAAUUCAAAUGAAAUUGAUAAAAGAGAGGAAGCUGUUACACCCAAUAUGGCUGCUAAAGAUGCUUCUACCGAACAACAAAGCCAAGAAGGUUCAGGUCUAAAGGUAGGAGAACCAGAAAAGCAAGUAACGAAUCAUACAAAAUCUUCUAUGGACGUUUUAGAUAUGGCACUCGCAAAUCCAACGGCUUGUGUUGUCCCUUCAUCUACAAAGCCGGUUUACGUUGAUGAUUCACUCAACACAGCGGAAAAUUUCAUUGUUUCUGGCCAGCCGUCUGAAGGGAAUACAGUGCAGGAAGAGAAAAUUGAAGAAGAAGAAAAAGAAAAACCGGUUAAUUCCCGAUCAGAUGCCGAGUCUUCAGAGUCUUCAGAGUCUGAUUCAGAGUCUGAUUCAGAUUCAGAUUCUAAUAGCACUUCUAGCUUAUCUGAAGUUCAGGAGACUGAAAAGCUAGAAUUGGAGCAGGAAUCCGAAGCUACUCCGCCUAAAACUAUACAUGAAAUGCCUGAGGAAGUGUACGAGCGCCCGACAAUCGAGCUUGGACCUGAUUCUCUUAUAGAACCUUUGGGACAGGUUUUACAGGUUCUAAAGAAAGAACUUGUUGUCCAAAGUGAUGUCCAAAAUGAGGAACUUAUCUUCGAUGAAAAAACCGUUCUCUGUUUUGAGGAUAAGACAAUUGUUGGAUUUAUCCAUGAAACUUUUGGUCCUGUUUCUUCUCCUUUUUAUGUUGUAAGGUUUACUAAUGAGGAGGAAUGUGCAUCUAUCAAUCCUUUCGUCGGCAAAAAGGUGUUUUAUGUUCCUACCAUGGCAAAUCGACUUGACCCAGAACCUUUAAAGUAUAUCAAAGGAAGUGAUGCUAGCAACGUAUACGAUGAGGAAAUCAAUCCUUCCGAACAAGAGUUUUCAGAUGAUGAAGCUGAGGUUGUUGCUAAACAGAACAAACGUAAAAAGAAGAGAAAGACAAAACCGACUUCUCAGCCUUCCAUGGCCGAAGUCGAAGCUCCUCAUCGGCCAAUGCCAAGAGCAAGCUCAAUGUAUGCUCCACAAACGCCGGCUCCUCCUCCUCUAUCUUCCCUUCCUCAUCACAUGCCAGCUCCAGCGAGUGCUCCGUACAACUUUUAUCCCGUCCAUCCUGGUUUUAUGGUACCACCCCCUUCGGGUCCGCUCCCCAACUAUGGUCUUCCUUUACCUAAUGUUACUCCUUUUCCUCAGCAUAGAGAAUAUGCCAGGCCGGGUAUGCCACCUCAAUUUCAGAUGCCUAGAACGGGCAGUCCAGCGGAAUCGCCUUCCAAUUUCUCCAUGCCACCAUAUUCUCAACAUGGACAAAUUAAGCCGACGCCGCCAUUCCAUCGAAGAGAUUGGGCAUAA